AUGGAGGACUGGAGGGACCUGGCGGGGACGGUGCCGAACAGCUCGCCACGUGCGCCCGCGUGCUGCGCAUCCUUGAGAUGGGCGGCGCGAUCAACGCCGGCGACCUCCACGAGGCUCCUUCCACCAGGGCGUCGCGCCCGCCGCGAGCUCCACCGCAGGGCCAGCCACGCCUUCGGCCUCGACGACGCGCUCCUGGGCCUCGGGGACGAGCCGCGGUGGCGGCGCUGGGAACGCCACAGCGGCGAGACCUCCCGGCACGCCCGCCACGCGCUGCGGGCCUCUCGCAACCGGCCCCCACCGCACCUCCCGCUGCCGCCGCGGCUCCCCUUCCUCCCGCCAUCGGCCCCGUCGCGCCGCUCCCCACGUCUCCCGCCGCCGCGGCUCCCCUCCCCCAUGCCACUGGCCUUGCCGCGCCACACCACCACUCGCCAUCGCCGCCGCUGCGGCUCCCCUCCCCCCGCCACCAGCACCGCCGCGGCUCCCCUCCCCCACGCCACUGGCCCGCGCUCCCCGCCACCUGCCCCGCCGCGCCACACCGUGCCUCCCCGCCGCUUGCCCGCCGCGCCUCCCCUCCUCGCUGCCGGCCCGCUGCGCUACCUCCGCCCAUCCGCGCCGCUCAGCUGCCAUGGAGCAGAGGAAGGGGUUGGGGGAAGGGAAAGAAGAAGGGGAAAGGGAUAUCCUAUCUAG